GUUGGGCCGGAGGAUUUUGGUGCAGCUCGUCUCAUCCGAGCCGAGCAGAGCGGCGGGUGAAAAAUGGAUUCCAUUAGUGCCAGCAAAUUUGCUCGCUUGUCCCGGCCAGAAAACGACGAGUCCUGGACGGAAACUGCAUUGAUUUCGUGGACCAUGGAACGUGGCACGUGGCAUGUUCUGCCCGCCUGUCAAUUAUGUUAAUGAUACAACCGAAUUGGCAAUGCGCUGCGGUCGAAACUCGUCACUUUACAGAUGGGCAUAGAAAAUCGCUGGAGAGUGGCGGUAGUUGGGCGAUGCUCAAUCUUGCCAAAUGGUCAAUAAAUUAACUCUGAUGAAGUUUUUCAGAACGUACUGGAAUUUUCAAUCUGUCAGAAAGCUGUCACUUAAUUGUCGAUCGAGCAUACACAAACUAACAAUAACAAUAUUUGCCACCGAUGUUCGACCAUGAGUCACCAUGGAGUUGAUGCCUCAGAGGGCCACGUCCACCAUCACGGUUCCCAUGGAUCCCCGGAACCGGCUCCACCGACUUCCGUCCACGAAGGACACCAUUCACAUGACAUGAGUCAUCCUGGAGGCCAUGGCGAGCACACCAAGCACGGCCAUCAUGAAGGUGGAGGCCAUGAGAUGUCCAUGGCGAUGUUCUUUCACACUGGCGAUGCGGAGACCAUUCUCUUCAAGUUCUGGCGCACCGAGUCCGCCAUGGCACUGACUCUGUCUUGCCUGCUGAUUUUCGUGUUCGCAGUGCUCUACGAGGCCCUGAAAUUCUUCAGGGAAUGGCUGUUCGCCUGGGACAGGAAGCGAUUGGCGGGCGGUAGGGAUCAGUAUAAUCCGCCGAGAAGAUAUCGGGAGGCCAACUACAACUACAACCAGCCAACGUAUCCGCCGAGGAUCAACCCACAAUCCGGUACCCAGAUCUACGCCUACCGCCCAAGGGCGCCAUCGAUGCCGCCUCUUCAGCAGCCUCUUCAGCCGCCAGGACGUGGCUCUCCGCAGCCGCACUCCUCGCUGAUCCUGAUCCCGCACACUCACCAUCACGUCCAGGAAAACACCCCACCCGCUGGCAGAACGUCCAAGCUCAAGGUCUAUUGCUCGGGGAUGCACAUCCUGCAGACCUUCCUGCACGUCCUGCAGGUGCUCAUAUCCUUUCUGCUGAUGCUCGUCUUCAUGACCUUCAAUGUGUGGCUCUGUGUGGCCGUUCUGCUGGGCGCCGGUGUAGGCUACUACAUAUUCUGCGCCUUCAGGACCAACGUCCAGGAGCACUGCAACUAACAGGGAACAUAACAAUGGAUGGCGAAAUGAGACGAGCUGUCUAGGAGCCCUGCUAAUGUGUUUUUCUAAUUAAAGCAAGCAGUAAAAAUCAUAACGGCUUGGGUAGCCGGCCUAAUUGUUAAUGUUUAUGGCUCGUAAAACAAUGAAUGCAGCAUCUCCGCUGGCGAAAUGUA